UCAACCGUGGCGGCGCCGGGGAUACUUAUUUCAAGAUUCGAGAUCCAACGCAAACGAUGGCUGGCAAGGGCAAGCAGAGCAAGGGCAAGAAGACCGCGGCCGCCGCCGCCGUCGCCACGACGCCGAUCGUCGACGACACGAGCUCGGAGACGUCCUCGGUUGACGCCAACGCCGAGCCGAAUGCCGAAGCGCCCGUUGCCGACGAGGCCACCGAGGCCGUUGAAGACGAGACCGUCGAGGCGACGCCGGUCGUUGAGGAGGCUACCGUGGAGACCGCGCCUGCUGACGUGGCCGCGCCUGCUGACGUGAUCGAGCCCGUGGCCGUGACGCCCACCCCUGUUGAAGUGGAGGCGGUUGAAGUGGUGGCGCCCGAGGCCCCGGUCGUCGAGGCAGUGCCGGAGCCGACCGUGUCGCUGACGCACGAAGAGACGGUGCUCACGGACACGACGCCGCGCUCGCCGCGCCACGAUAUUCUGGCGCUGCCCGUGGACGAGGCGACGACCAUGUGGUUUUUGCAUCCGUCGUACUACUAUCAGAAGACGAAGGAGGUCUACACGUACACGACGAGCUUCCGCGGUGUCGGCGCGGUCGCGCACGUUGGCGAAACGAGCGUCAACUACCUCUUGAAGCACCUCAACAUGAAGCAAGUGGCCACGCUCCAGGACGUGGAUACGAGCCUCGCGCCGGCGCUCGCGACGAUUGACGAGCAGCUCGACGAACGCGUCGCGGGCGUUCUGAAGACGCUGGUCGAUGGCCAAGAAUACAUUUUGGCCAAGAAGGAGCAAGUCGUCGGCCGGGCCAAGGAAGUCCAGUCGGCGACCCUCGAGAAGGUGUCGGCCGUCACGACGACGGCAACGGACAAGGUGUCGAAGACGGUCGAGUCGGUCACGACGACGGUCGAGAAGACGCGCGCGAGUGUGACGCAGGUCACAUCGAACGCGCUCGAGUCGGUCUCGAAGGCGAAGGACGCGACGAUCGAGACGCUGACGGCGACGGCCCACUCGUUCCUCUCGUACGUGCCGCUCCUCAACAAGAAGGUGAUGGCCUAGGCCAGCGACCCCUUGUCCACUCUUAUGUAUUUCUCCGUUGCCUUCAUUGGCCGGCCACGACGGUCGGUCGAUAUCCGACCCGCCA